AUGCUGUGUUCUUUGCUCCUUUGUGAAUGUCUGUUGCUAAUGGCUGGCUGUGCUCAGGAUGAUGACUGGAUUGACCCCACAGACAUGCUCAACUAUGAUGCCGCUUCCGGAACGAUGAGAAAAUCUCCUCAGGUGAACUAUGGUGUAUCAGAGAGAAAGGAUGUUGACCCUCACUUACUAUAUGCUGAUGAAAUGUCGGAAUGUUACCGCAGACUUGAUUCUUUAACUCAUAAGAUUGAUGAAUGUGAAAAAAAAAAGAAGGAAGAAUAUGAAAGUCAGAGCAAUCCUGUUUUCAGGAGAUACUUAAAUAAGAUUUUAAUUGAAGCCAGAAAGCUUGGACUUCCUGAUGAGAACAAUGGUGAUAAGCAUUAUGAUGCCGAAAUUAUCCUGAAAAGACAGACCUUGUUAGAAAUAGAGAAGUUUCUCAAUGGAGAGGACUGGAAAUCUGGAGCCUUGGACGAUGCACUGAGUGAUAUUUUAAUUAAUCUUAAGUUUCAUGAUUUUGAAACAUGGAAGUGGCGAUUUGAAGAUUACUUUGGAGUGGAUCCAUAUAAUGUGUUCAUGGUGCUUCUGUGUCUGCUCUGCAUUGUGGUGUUAGUGGCUACCGAGCUGUGGACAUAUGUUCGUUGGUACACCCAGUUGAGACGUGUUUUAUUCGUCAGUUUCCUCGUCAGUUUGGGAUGGAACUGGAUAUAUUUAUACAAGCUAGCGUUUGCACAGCAUCAGGCCGAAGUUGCCAAGAUGGAACCAUUAAACAAUGUGUGUGCUGAGAAGAUGGACUGGACUGCAAGUAUCUGGGAAUGGUUUAGGAGUACAUGGACCGUUCAAGAUGACUCAUGCCAAAAAUACUAUGAGCUCGUAGUAGUCAACCCUAUUUGGUUGGUUCCCCCAACAAAGGCCUUGGCAGUUACUCUCACCAACUUUGUGACGGAGCCGCUGAAGCACAUUGGGAAAGGAAGCGGUGAAUUUAUUAGAGCGCUCAUGAAGGAGGUCCCGGUGUUGCUGCACAUUCCAUUGCUGAUCAUCAUGGCACUGGCCGUCCUGAGCUUCUGCUACGGUGCUGGAAAAUCAGUUGGUGUGCUGAGACAUGUGGGUGGUCCUGAGAGAGACGCUCCCCGGGCACUGCCCCCAGGGGAGAGAAGACAUCGGCAGGAAAUUGAUUAUAGACCCCGUGGGGGAGCAGGUGAUGCAGAUUUCUAUUACAGGGGCCAGAUCGGGCCGGGCGAGCAAGGCCCUUACCAGAAGGCAGAUGAGGGUGGAAGAGAUGCUGUGAGGCAGAGAAAUGUUCCCUUGAGGUUUCAGCCUGGCAACGAGAGCCCCGAAGUGCUCCGGGCGUUUGAGUUCCCAGAGGCAGAGGCACGGGAGCGUCCCAAGGUGGUGCCCAGUCAUAAGACACCCAUUUUGGAUACAAAGCCAAAGACUGGUGAGAUCCCAGGAGAAAGCACUCUGAAAGAAAGCAGUACUAAAAGCAGCCAUUUGGCUAAGCCUGUCUCUGGCCCAGACCCGUCAGGAAGUGUGGAAGGUUGUCCUGCAGUGGAGAAGGCCCAGGACAGGACUGAAGCCAGAGGCAGCCCCAAGGAAGACAGCACAAACAGUCCAGUGGGAACUGCAGCCGCAACAUGUGGGAAGGACGCUGACGGUGGCCUGUGUGGCUAG